CGCGUUGAAUCCUUUGCACGACCCAGCAGUGGCCGACGACGCCAUGAUGUCGGAGCCUUUGAGAUCUACUUCAUUGGCGCUUGAUUUGAACGGGUUCGAGCUGGCCGGCUGGAGGCGUUGAUGCCUCAUUCGCGUCAUGAGGUCCUUGCACGUGGCGUCCAGUCUCGAGACCUGGGGGUUUCAGCCCUAAGCCAUGCCACGACACUGCUAUCAGCCGCUCGUUUUUGGGACGGCCGUAAAGGAUGAGCGAGAAUCCUCAAAGGCGCCUUGAUCCAGGAGGAUGAGGGACCUAGAUAUUUGGGUGUGGUGCUGCACAGCACUUAGGCAUCAUCCGCCUUCCAAGACAACAACACCCGGACUUAAACCCUACGUAUAUAAACGCCUCGAAAAUCCAGCUUCCAACAUCCGACUGCUCACCGUGCUGGAUGUCACCCCAACAAACCUCAUCUGCACGCUCCGCGAGAUAGCAUCGCCCGAUGCAGAACAGUAUGACUGUCUCUCCUACACAUGGGGCGACCCGUUCGGCCGAGUCGUCAACCCCACGCCGCCGCAGAAAGAGAUCCGUUGCGACGGACGCCUGCUCCUCAUCGGCCAGAAUCUUCACGACGCGCUCGUCCACCUCCACGGCAUCGCCACCCUCAGAAGCACCCUCGCGGCCAUCUGGGUCGACGCCAUCUGCAUCAACCAGGACAAAGAGUCCGAGAAGGCCCACCAGAUUAGAAUGAUGCACAAGAUUUACGCGAGCGCCUCGCGCGUCAUCAUCUGGCUGGGCCCGGAUGAGACGGACAGCGGCGACGGCGGGGUGGCAGCAGAACUUCGAGUCGUCGUGGCAACGAUGCGCCAGGAGCUUGGCGAUAGCAUGGCCGCUGUCGAGGCCCGUCUCGAGGAGCUGCGCGACGGAGAGCGGGCGGAGAAGGCGGAUCUGCCGCUAAUCCACGCUAUCAAACCCGAUUCGUGGAUGGCUGUGCGGGACAUCAUAUCCCAGCGUGCCUACUGGCUGCGGCUGUGGGUGUGGCAGGAAGUCAUGGCCGCGAAGCAGGACCCCGUCGUCGUGUGUGGACAGCAGGUCAUGACGUGGGAGGAGGUCCGGCUCGCGUCCGGCGGGCUCACCACCUUUGGGGAUGCAGCCAUGACCCGGCGGGGCAGGCCACCGCCGGUUCGGAACGAGGUGAAGAAUGGGGACUGGCUGGCGCCGAACUUGCCGCACACGAUGGCGUGGUGGCGGGACAUGUACGUGGAGAACGGCGCCGACUGGAUCAAGCAAAAGUUUGGGCGGCUGGUCCUGUCGCUGAAUCGCAACCUGUACGUGUGCUGGGACGAGAGAGACAAGAUCUACGCGCACCUGGGCCUCUGCCAGCGGGAGCAGCUCGCCAAGUGGAGAUUUUCGAAGUCGUUCGACAAGUUGUAUCUGCGGUUCUGGUGCGAGGUGAUGCAGAGGACGAAGGAGGUGAAUUUCCUGACCUUUGUGGAGGACGCCGCGUCGAGGAGCCAGCGGCCCAGGAUGCGGCGCGAUGGGGAAAAGGUCAAGGAGCUACCGUCUUGGGUUCCCGACCUGCGCUGCCGUCUGGAACCGCCGAGCAUGUGGGACUAUUUCCAGUCCGUCGAGUGUUUCAAUGUCUCCAGGGGCCUGGAGGCGAGCAAGGGGCUAGAAGUGUUCGAGAAGCAGCGACGGAUGCGCGUGUGGGGAUAUCGCUUCGACCGAGUGAAACGAUGCGGCGAGACCAGCACAGAAGCUGCCGAGCGGUACUCCCUCCCCGGUAUUGUCGCCAUGCUCGGCGCUAUUGCCACAAGCCCUGAAACGCCAUAUGGCUCGCAAGAGAAUGCAUUCGACGCAAUCUGGACCUCGAUAGCGAUCUUGACCGACUCGGAAACCGACCCCAGCUUUCCCAUUCCGGAAUCCCACAAGGAGCGGGCCAUGCUGUGGUUGUAUGAUGCCAUGGCCGCCGGCAAGGUGUUCCGCAAGACCAACACAUACACCCAGGAGCAGGAGCGGCUUUUCCACGAGUUUGUCGACGUUGGGGGACGAGAGCUGCUCUCUAACGUAAACCAGUACGCCCAGGCCCACAGAAAUCAUCUCGCAGGCAUGGUUGCCCGUGUUCGAUCGCCGAGCGCUGCGGGCGUGGAUGCCUCGGAGCCUUUACCGGCCCUUAAUCAACAGCCUGGGACAGGACAUAUUGGGAUGGCUGCCGUUGCAGUGGGAGGGUAUGGGCUCCGGCGGAUGAGACUGUUCAUGACCGAGGAAGGAUGGGUCGGCAAGGGUCCAGAGUCGAUGGAGCAUGGGGAUGAGAUUUGGAUUAUCCCUGGGGGAGAAGUUGCUUUCGUGCUGCGGAGCAGGGGCCGCAACUGCAGGGGCCGCAACUUCACCUACAUCGGCCACGCCUACGUCCACGGUAUAAUGGAUGGGCAAGAAUGCUUACGCAGAUUCCGUGGCGUCCCUAUGACAGAGAUUAACUUGAUAUAGGGCAACUCUCAAACGUUUGGAGCGUCGGCGAUUGACGUCGCGCAGUCAUAACUAGCCCUCCCACCGCCGUUGUUCUGGCUGUGUAGACGGUGAUCAUGCCGGGGUACCUCAGCGCCGAUACCGUGCACCGGAAAACGAAAAGAUAUACGAAAACAGCGCCAUGUUCAUGAUAGUACAUUGCUCGCUAGCAGUCGCUCGUACACUUAACGAAGCAUGUAAGAAAGGUCUGGAAGACUCGCAAUGAUGCGU